CACAGCAAGAGCACAGAAAAGCACGGUCUGCCUCACAAACCUACCCCGGGCCGGCACACCUACGUCCCCGAGAGCACACUAAGCUUCAUGAUGGGGAAAAAAAAAUGAAAAACGACUACGUGGUGGCGCCGAUAUUCCGCAGCCGCUCAGACAAGGGCCUAACACGCGCUGAGGAUCAACGAGAAACUGACUCUGAUUCAGACGCCAGCGACAUGGAAAAGAACGCACCCGACCUCAAUCCAAUAACCAGAGGGGACCUCAAAGAGCUAUUACGCGACAUUAAAGCAAACAUGGUGACGGAGCUAGCUAAACAUAUGGCCCUUAUUAGAGAAGGCCUGGAGGACCGUACUAGAAGCACUCUGGCG